AUUCAUGCCGGGCUCGUUAGUUAAUCACAUGCUAUUUGUCAGACAAAAAUGCCUCUACUGCCGUUGCGCCCAGUGUAUUGCUGACUUGUUAGGCAGGGACAGACGGGACAAGCGCAGUCGUGCGAGAAGACGGCACAGCGGACGCAUCGCUUCUUUGAACAGCGCCUCCCAGUGGCUUCCGAGGGCAUGACCGCCUCCCUCCUCGGUGCAGCAGUGUCCCUCCUGUGCUUGGCGGCGGCGUCGGGAAUGCUCGACCCGAGCCGGCGGGACCUGCUGAUGCGCCAGGAGGCGUCCAGACAGACGGGCGGCGGUGUGGCGCUAACGCCGGCCGAGCGGCGCUUGGAUGACCAGCUUCGGCGGCUGAAGCAGCGCGAGAUGGCGGCCGAGCCCUUCCCGCCCGCCGUCCAUUUCUUCAAGGCCAGGAACCUCAUUCGUGACAGUCCCGUCUUCAAGCUGCUGCAGAACAUGCCCAAAGGCGGCGCCCUGCACAUCCACAGCUCGUCCCUGGUGAGCGCCGAGUGGCUGGUGAAGAACGCCACGUACCGGCCACACUGCUACGCCUGCUUCACGUGGGACAACUCGGUCCGCUUCGUCUUCUCUCUGCGCCGGCCGUACCCGCGCUGGGACUGCUUCUACUGGCAGCUUCUCAGCACGCUCCGAGCCAAGGUGGCCGAUGCCGACGCCUUCGACCGCAGCUUGAUGAGCCAGCUCACAUUGGUCACCGACGACCCGGACGGCGAGUACCCGGACGAGGAUGCCGUGUGGAACAAGUUUGAGAACGCCUUCAUUGCCAGCGCCGGGCUGGUUGGCCACGCCCCCGUCCUGAGAGAUUACCUCCUGCAGGGCUUGCUCGAGCUGCACCGAGACAACAUCAUGUAUCUGGAACUGCGCAGCGGCCUCUCCAGGACGUACGAGCUGGACGGGACCGUCCACGACAAGACGUGGACGCUGAGGACAUUUCGAAACAUCACCAGGAAGUUUGUGGCCGAUCAUCCCGAUUUUCUGGGCGCUCGCCUCAUCGUAGCCGUGCACAGGUCAUCGAGCUUCUCUGAGGUGAAGGCGGCCGUGGAGGAGGCCGUAGCGCUGCGCAGGGACUUCCCCGACGUGGUGGCAGGAUUUGACCUGGUUGGCCGGGAGGACAGCGGGAGGCCACUUUGGUACUUCAGGGACGCUCUUACGCUGCCGGACCGGCUGGGCGUCGCGCUGCCCUUCUUCUUUCACGCGGGAGAAACCGACAAGGAGGGCACGGAGGCCGAUCAGAACAUUCUGGACGCCCUCCUGUUCAACACCAGCCGGAUCGGGCACGGCUACUCUCUGGCGCAGCACCCUCUCGCCAAGGAGAUCUCCAGAGUGAGCAAUGUGGCGGUGGAGGUGUGCCCCAUCUCCAAUCAGGUCCUGAAGCUGGUGUCGGACAUGCGCAACCACCCGGCGGCGGUGCUGAUGUCGGAGGGCCACCCCAUGGUGAUCAGCUCGGACGACCCGUCCAUGUUCGGCACAUCGGGCUUGUCCUACGACUUCUACCAGGCCUUUGUGGGCAUCGGCGGCCUGAAGGCCAACGUGGGCACACUUAAGGAACUGGCGCUCAAUUCUAUCAGGUACAGUUCGCUGCCGGCGGAGCUCAAGGACGCCGGCCAGGCCGCGUGGCAGAGGAAAUGGGACGCUUAUGUUUCGGCUCACUCCUGAGACCCCAGUGGAACCUUUUUGACCACUUGAUGGACUUUAUUGUCAGCACCACACUUUUGCCCGAGUGAUGAACUCUGCCACUUUUUUUACCCAUCGUGUAACCACCAGCAAGACAUAAAACAAAUAAAAAGGACACCACGUUGACUGGCUGAUUGGACCUCAACAAUUGAGAAUGAUAUCAUUAGUGACCACCAGAAGGCGCCAGCUGCCACAACUUCAAAUGCAAUUUUAAUAGUUGAUCAAUGGAAGGUUUCUAGCACUUGUUCAUCCUUAAAUGGUAUUUAUUUUUUUACGUUUGAGAACACUUUGAACUGGUAAAAAUACACUGACCAAGUAACUUA